AUGGCCAACAUCUCUAGGAAUACAGAAAUGCGGAGAACUUUGGUCCAGAUUGUCCGUGUGAACGAUGGACAAGUUCAUAUCCAGGACUCAUUCACUAUCUAUACGGCUGAUUCUGGUAAGACCAGCAACGGUCCACCCACUGUUGGAGCUGUCGACCACAACCUGCAUCGCCUGGCUCUCGAUUUGGAUUGUCUCAGCCUUGACAGCAGGUGUCAUCACUUCUCGUUUCUGGUGUCAGAACCAGUGCUAUCUCGACAUCCAGGACUUCCACUUUAUUGUCAGAGAUGGCCUCUUGGGCUUGUUCAAAGUCUUCUAUUGGGUAUUUUCCGUUCUAGCGUGGUUACCCUCCUCAAGAACCUGCGUCGCUGGGUCAUUCGCCUCAAUUUGGGCCCUGUUGCCGAUCUUCUCGUUCUGCGUGAUAAAACCGGAGAAAGAGAAGUCGGCAAAUUCCCGAAGAGUCAAACUUUCGAUAUCAAGUCUUCUAUUCUCAUUGGUACGCUCGGUAACCCUCAGCCCACGCGGGAACCGUCGACCGUGUCCUUAACGAGGGUACAGUCUUCCUGUUCGCCGGUACUGAAACUACGUCUCGUACUCUCGUUAUCACCAUGUUAUACCCCUGUUCAAUACCAAAUGCUAGAGAGACUGCGCGAAGAGUCAAAAGUCCUAAGCGGCACCAAUACCCUCUCACUUAGCUUGAGAACAUUCAAUACCUGGUCUGCUCGCCUACGGCUCUAUCAGCUGUCUCUCGAGGAUUCCUACGCAGAAAACCUGAAAUACAAAAGCUAUAUGAUACCUGCAGAAGUCUACAACCUCUACCACAACCCCGAGAGAUGGAUCAAGGCUGCCCAAGAUGGUGUCUCCUCAAGAAGUUCGUCAGACACUGCUUGCAGGAUAGUAGACAAAAUAUCGGCUACAAGGCUCUGCGUUGAAGAAAUGAGUACAUAUGACCAUAGGGUGGGACGGAAGUUCUUCAUUAACCAGAUCUACUACCUGGCAUGUGGUAACGGCCAGGUUGCCAACCCUGGAGCUUGGAAUGUUCCUUUUCCCGUAGUGGACGGGGCCGAGCACAUCUCGCCCUAUGUGAAUAUGGCCGACGGAGGGAAUACCAUCUUCGCCUCUGACGGUGGAAGGAUAUACAGAGAUGUCAAGCUCGCCGCUCCACCGGCCCAGAAAAGUCUCUCGUUCAAGUCCUAUACGACCACCCUUCAUGUCUCCGAUCCGAAUAACCUUCCCGUCGCUAAUAGCCAGCUGGAAAUAUCUACUGACUCCCGUACGCCCGGUAAUAUCAAUGGCGUCUACUAUGUCCUUGGAGUGGAGCCAGUUAAGAUUAAAACGGAUGCCACCGGCGUGGCUACAGUGAUUCAGGAGACGGAAAAUAUCAACUGUGCGGUACUCAAAGUCGAGGCUGGUGCAGGGACUACGCAGGCCGUUAUUAACCCGAGGAUGAAGUCGUUCGAGAAACUUGGGCAACUUGAUUCCGCGAGCUCCCUCCGCCACGCCAGCUUUCCUACCAACACCGUAGCCGGUGGCAUGCGAGGCUCUCCACAGUUUAGCCCCCUUGUUGAGUCAUCAGUAAUGGAAACUGAUGUGAAUGCAGUCGCAGAGGGCAUGAAGAGUCUCAAAACCGCGUACUCACAUAUACAAACACCAGACUUGAGAUCCAGGAAGCUGUUCAACCUCAACUGCGAUGUCAUUCCGACGGACCUAGGGCAUGGCCUGGAAACCACAGGCUCCAUGAUCGCUCUUGGAGAUCUUUUCCUUUUGCUGAAAUCCGCUACGGACGCCACAUCAAACGUAGUAUGGAAUGCUGCCAAUGAUGCGUGGCACUUUAUCGUCCAGAUAGCCGAACAGGUGUACCAUGCUGUACUCGACACAGUCGAUGCUAUCGUGGGCACUAUUGAGUGGAUUUUCAACUCGGUGAAGACGGCCAUUACUAAGAUUAUCCGGUAUGUCGAGUUCCUAUUUGAGUGGGACGAUAUCCGGAGGACCAAGGAUGUUAUGUACAACAUCACGAAGCUGUUCUUUCAGCACCAGAUCGAUGGAAUCAGCGAAGAGAAGAGGGAUUUUGAGACCAUGAUAACCUCUGCUGAGCAAUCGCUUGGCGAAUUCGCUGGCUUUAGCGACUGGUCGAAUCUAGGCGACGCUGCCAAACAGCCAGCCUCGGCCAAUGUGAAAAACCCGGCAACGGGGCAGACUCCCGGUUCGCAAAUGUUAGGAAAUCAUUAUCGAACACAUGCCGGCGAUCUUAGGAUUGUCCAGUAUCCUGUGCCUUCUUCGAGAAUUGACAAGGACUCCGUCCAGAGAAGUCUUGACGGCCAACUGGGGGACGUAGCUAAAGAAUUCGGCUUGAUGGAAAUCAAGGCUGCCCUCGAAAAGCUGGCUGUCAUCAUCGUUGAUGGUAUUCUCUCCAGCACGCGGGUUGUAGUCGACACUCUACUCGACUUACAAAAGGAGCUUGCUACUGGGGGCUUCGACGCAUUGGCUGCAAAACUGCAUAUCCCGAUUAUCUCGGAUAUUCUUAAUGAAAUUGGAAUUGAGGAUGUAUCCCUUCUGGACUUAUUUACCUGGAUCAGUGUCACCAGCUUCAACGUGGUGUAUAAGAUUGUUACCAAUACCGCGCCUUUCCUGGACAACGAGGAUGUUCAAGCCCUCAUUACAGCCAAGAGCUGGGACGAGUUGACCCCGUUGUUCCAUACACCAUCCUCCAUGACAACAGACUUGAUCGUCCUGGUCUGCGGGAACCUGGAACCGACCCUGCCCCGGCUAGACACAGCAUAA